AUGUAUGCCAAGGGCAAAAGCUCUGCGGUACCUUCGGACGCUCAGGCACGGGAGAAGUUGGCCCUUUAUGUGUAUGAGUACUUACUGCACGUCGGGGCACAGAAAGCGGCGCAGACUUUCCUUUCUGAAAUACGAUGGGAAAAGAACAUAACGCUGGGCGAGCCGCCCGGAUUCCUGCACUCGUGGUGGUGUGUAUUCUGGGACCUUUACUGCGCGGCGCCUGAACGAAGAGACACAUGCGAACACUCCUCUGAAGCUAAAGCGUUCCAUGACUACGGAUUCGUUAAUUCAGGUUAUGGUGUUAAUGGAAUCGGUCACAACGCAGGCCCGGCGCCGCCUAAUGACGGUAUGGGUGGCGGAGGUAUGCCACCAGGUUUCUUCCCGAACUCGUCUCUCCGACCCUCUCCGCCUGCCCCACACCCCGGCUCCCAGCCCUCGCCCCACGGACCGCAGCCCCAGUUGAUGGGUACCGGCCAGCCCUUCAUAGGUCCGUGGUACUCUGGAGGACCGAGAACGGCCGUCAGAAUGGGCAUGGGGAAUGAUUUUAAUGGUCCACCUGGUCAAGGCAUGAUGUCAAAUUCCUUGGAGCGAGGCAGCGGCAUGCUGGGAGGGCCUCGAAUGACGCCGCCGCGCCCCGGCAUGGGACCAAUGAGUCCCGGUGCAUAUGCAGCCGGCAUGCGCGGGCCACCGCCACAAGCCCCAGGUAUGCCACCGAUGGGUAUGGGUCCUCGUGGAGCCUGGGCAGGCGGAAGCGGAGGCGCUGGUGGGGGCUCCGCCCCUCUCAACUACAGCGGGGGCUCUCCGGGCGCGUACGGAGCGCCCCCCGGGUCAAAUGGACCUCCGGGACCUCCGACACCCAUCAUGCCAAGCCCGCAGGACUCAUCAAACUCGGGCGGCGACAACAUGUACACGUUGAUGAAGCCGGUUGGCGGAGCCCUAGGGGCGGAGUUCCCGCUCGCCGGCGAGCACGGGCCGUCGUCGCAGCACCUACCACAACCUCCCACUUCCGAAGGUCUGGGUGGUGUGGACGGGAUGAAGGCGUCCCCGGGGGGUGUUGGGGGCGGAGGCCCGGGGACACCCAGAGAAGACUCCGGUUCUGGAAUGGGGGAUUACAAUUUAAGUUUCGGCGGUCCGGGCGGGGACCAGAACGACCAGACGGAGUCGGCUGCCAUACUAAAGAUAAAGGAGAGCAUGCAGGAGGAGGCGAAGAGAUUCGAAAAGGAUCCCGACCACCCGGACUACUUCAUGCAGUGA